GUUUCAAUGUGUCAGACGGUUUUGAGACGAUUGGAAACCAACUUUUGUGGUCGUUCUUGUUUUGAGAUUGUAGCAAACUUCAAAUUAAGGCUUUAUUGGACUGUGUGGGAAUACUUUGAUCAAGAUAUUGGCAUUUUCAAAAAAAGAAAAGAUGUGGAUUAUGCACCCACACAAGCAUCUGUGGGGUUUCAGACUGUGUAAGAAGCAUUUGAAUAUGCCAGCACAUCUGAGAGGAGACUGAAGUGCUGACCGUGGAAGCUCAGAGCAGAAGAAGAAGGCAGAAGUGGAAGAACUCAGCACAUUGUUAAGGAGAACAGCCUCCAGUGGCUCUCGGGGCAGAUGGGGGAGACGGAGGACGAGCGCACAGCUCAGGCCAGCCGGCUCUUCGAGACCUUUGUCCAGACGUCCACCUGCAAAGGGACUCUGCAGGCCUUCAGCAUCCUCUGCAGACAGCUGGAGCUGGAUCCGCUGGACUACAGCAACUUCUACAGCUCACUGAAGGCAGCAGUCUGCUCCUGGAAGGUCAAAGCCUUGUGGACUAAACUGGACAAGCGAGCGCAGCAGAAGGUGUACAGCCAGGGAAAAGCCUGCCAAGGCACGCGGUGUCUCAUCAUCGGCGGGGGGCCCUGCGGUCUGCGGACGGCCAUCGAGCUGGCCCUGCUGGGCUGCAAAGUGGUGGUGAUUGAGAAGAGAGACACAUUCUCCAGGAACAACGUCCUCCACCUCUGGCCCUACACCAUCCACGACCUCCGGGGGCUCGGGGCAAAGAAGUUUUAUGGGAAGUUCUGCGCGGGCGCCAUCGACCACAUCAGUAUCCGUCAGCUGCAGCUGAUGCUGCUGAAGCUGUGCCUGAUCCUGGGAGUAGAGAUCCACGUCAAUGUGGAGUUUGUUACGCUCGUGGAGCCCCCUGAAGAGCAGACGGAAGACGGUCCUGCUUGGCGAGCAGAGGUCCGGCCCUCCGGCCAUCCCGUUGCAGACUUUGACAUUGACGCGGUGAUUGGAGCUGAUGGGCGCAGAAGCACGUUAGAGGGUUUCUCUCGCAAGGAGUUUCGGGGCAAGCUGGCCAUCGCUAUAACGGCCAACUUUGUCAACAGAAACACCACAGCGGAGGCCAAAGUCGAGGAGAUCAGUGGCGUGGCCUUCAUCUUCAACCAGAAGUUCUUUCUGGAGCUCAAGGAGGAGACUGGAAUCGAUUUGGAGAACAUUGUUUACUACAGAGACAACACCCAUUACUUUGUGAUGACGGCGAAGAAGCAGAGCCUGCUGGAUAAAGGAGUCAUCAGAAAUGACUACAUAGAAACGGAGCGACUGCUGGGUCCUGACAACGUCAACCAGGAGGCGUUGCGUUCGUACGCCCGGGAGGCCGCGGACUUCGGCACCAACUACCAGCUGCCAUCCUUGGACUACGCUAUCAACCACUACGGGCAGUCGGACGUGGCCAUGUUUGACUUCACCAGCAUGUACGCCUCGGAGAACGCCGCCCUGAUCCGGGAGAAACACGGACAGCAGCUGCUGGUGGCUCUGGUGGGGGACAGCCUUCUGGAGCCCUUCUGGCCGAUGGGGACGGGCUGUGCUCGGGGCUUCCUGGCUGCCUUCGACACUGCUUGGAUGGUGAGGGGCUGGACGCAGGGAAAGAGCCCCCUGGAGACCCUCGCCGAGAGGGAGAGCAUUUACCGACUGCUACCUCAGACCACCACAGAGAACAUCAGUAAAAACUUUGAGCAGUACAGCAUUGAUCCUGCGAGCCGCUACCCCAACCUGAACUCCAGCUGUGUGCGUCCACAUCAGGUGCGUCACCUGUUCAUUAAUGGUCAGCGUGACUUAAGUCAAGUGGAAAAAGGGCCGACGGGGAGAUCUGUCAACCUGUCCAGAAGAGGGUCCGAGGUGCGGCCCAGCCGGCUGCUGACCUGGUGCCAGAAGCAGAUCCAGGGCUACAGAGGCGUGGACGUCACCAACCUCACCUCCGCCUGGAGGAAUGGCCUGGCCCUCUGCGCCCUCAUCCACCGCCAGAGGCCCGAACUCAUUGACUAUGACUCUCUCAACGAGGAGGACGUGGCGGGGAACAACCAGUUGGCGUUUGACGUUGCCGAGCGAGAGUUCAGCAUCCAGCCGGUGACGACGGGAAAGGAGAUGGCUGCAGAGGCCGAGCCGGACAAGCUGCUGAUGGUCCUCUACCUGUCCAGGUUCUACGAGGCCUUCAGGAACUCACCGAGAAACAACAACGUUUGUAAAGGAGCAGAUGAAAAUGGUGAAGAGUAUCCGUACAACACCAACCACAAGCCGGUGCACCAGCCCAGGAAGAGGGUUCCCAGGGAUGACAAGAAACAGGAAGAGGAUUCUGUAAACAAGAGACAACGGAGGGGCAACAAUUACCUCUCAGAGUUGUCCUGCCACAGUGCUCCCCCUGUUGGUGAGGACGGGGAGCUGCGGGAGAACAAGGUCCGCUCCAUGGCAACGCAGCUGCUGGCCAAAUUUGAGGAGAACUCCUCGACGGUGAAGGUGCGCACCAAGUCUGAUGAGGACCUCUCAAGUCCAUCCCUUUCUCCUCCUCUGUCUCCUUCCACCACCUCACCUCCUCUCUCGGAGGAGGAGGAUGAGGAAGAAAAGGAGACAGAAAACCCCCGUUUUGCUAAACCCAAAGACCCUCCCGCUCCUCCUGCUCUGUGUCCUCCUCGCCCGAAGUGGCAGCCUUCCGUCUAUCUUCGCUUGCUGGAGAAUCCCGGUACUGUGGCUGAUCAAGCCGGUUUCCUCUGUUCCCCUCAAUCAUCUCCCUCUCCGAGCGGUUACAGUCGCUCUCCAUCACAGUCCCGAUCUAAGAGUCCUCUAACUACCAGUCCCUCUCCAAGCUUUGGUGUCUCUGAAAGCGUCUGCCCUGACGCUCCAGGUGGUUUCUCUGCUCUGUCUGAUUGUGGUCCCGGCCGGUCCUCUGAGAGAUCAGAGGAGACUCUGCAGCAGAGUAAAUGCCAGAGAUUGUCGGCCAGGGAAUUUUCAAAGAAGAGUAUCAAGGAGAGAGCUGUGCUCCUCUCUAACUCGUUUCACGGCUCCAGUAAACCAUCUGCUCGUCUUCCUGUUUCCCAGAUGGAGUUAUCUGCAUCCUCUCCUCCCUCCUUCCCCUCACCUCCUCCUGCUCCUCCUCUGUCUGAGAGCUUCACCACCCACCCCGGGCUCUACCCGGCGGUCCACCCUGUCCCUGACCCCGCCGCCCAGGCUGGUUUCUUCUCUGUCCCGCUCCUCGCCCCGGGCCACAAGGACAGGACCCUGACCCGCUCUCUCGCCUCUCUGUCGUGCUCCGACUCGGAGCAAAACUCUCCUCACACUAAGUCCUCCACAACCGAUGACAAAAUAUGUGGUGGGGGUUGCUCCCCUUGUGACACAGAGAGUCUGGAGAUCUCCGUCAAUCGUGACGGUCAGAGCUUAAACGAGGAUUCACAGACUCGAAUGGAAAAUGAACGAGGGAGAGAACACAGAAGUCCUCGGAGAACAUUUGAUGACAGGAAAUUAGCUGAAGAUGAGCAAGUGAAGCGCGCUGCGGGCUGUGACACCGACCACAUUGAAGGAAACGUCCCCAAAUCAAUAGUUCGCUCCGAGAGCUGUCCCACCGGAGCUCCUCGUUACAGUAAAGAGCGUACAGUUGGAAAGGUGUCAUCGGCCAUUGAUGCUAAAGCUCAGAUGCUGGCCAUCCUCUAUGAGACAGACCACAGGCCCGGUGGCCCGCCGUGUGUGGGCCGUAGAAACUUCCCUCCCGGGAUUGGCGGCAGUGACGUCUGCCACUUCUGCACCAAGCGGGUGUACGUGAUGGAGAGGCUCAGUGCAGAGGGGUUCUUCUUCCAUCGCGAGUGCUUCCGCUGUGACGUCUGCAACUGCACCCUCCGCCUCGGAGGACAUGCAUUCGACUCCCGAGAGGCAAAAUUCUACUGUAAGAUUCAUUAUUCUCAGCGCCAAUCCAGCACUCACCAGGGCAAGUUUAGAAGGAGAAUGGAAGACCAAAGCCACGUCAGGCCGUCGCCGCUGGACAGCGGGAUCUGCUCCGCCGCAGGCAGCGCCCAGAUCCAGCCCCCAGGCGGGGCGUCCAGCUUGCAGUCGGAUCAGCUUAAAAAAGGUCUUGAUGGCGACCCAGAAGAGACAGAGAUGGCGGUUGAAGCUCUCCAUGCUUCCUGUAUCGUCGGACCCACAGAGGGAGACGGCACCAGGGCCAGAGGCCAAAGCCAGGACGGCACCAAAGGUCAAUCCAACAGCAAACACAAUCAUCGAUGGAAACGGAAGAUUCGUGCAAGCUUUCCUCUGAUCUUCGUCAAGCACUUUCACAGAAGUCUGCCAGUGGACAAAGAUGGACCGGAGACUGUCCCUGAAGCUGAGUCUGACUGUGAUCAAGCUUCUCCCACUGUGGACAGAACGCGAUCCAAAGGCACUUCCAAAACCUCCACCAAUGCCCCGAAUCCUUCAGGAGGAUGUGAGAAGAGCAUCCGCAACACGUCAGCUCCGAAGAAGCGGCUGACGUUUUCCAGCGCCGAGAAAGAGAAGCUCCAGAACCUGGAAGUGGGACUCAAACUGGAGAAUCAGCCCGUCAACGGCAGCACCAGCAACGCAUGUCCACAUAAAGAGCAGGUGGAAGCAGAUGCAGAUAAGCCUGAAACAGACUGGAGCGAGGACGGGGCAGCGUCCCAGAGCCAACCCCAACCGUCUUCCCCCUCGGCCCUCCAGGCCAUAGCCAAUGCCUUCAGGAGGGCGUUUAGUUUGAAUAGUCACUCCAGAAGCUCCAACGACACAGUCAAAAUGAGGCCAAAAGGUGAUGGCCCCCGCAAACCGAGGCCCUUGUCUGAGGGAGCGCUUAGCUUUAGCUCACUCUACGGCGCUCCGGAGUCGUCCGUGGACGGGAGGAGGACCAGCAUGCACGACGCCCGCUGGGGCUCUUUUACAGGAGAUCCCUGGGGUGCAGGGCAAAACCUGCCCUCCUUGUUGCAGCAGGUGGGCCGGAGGGAGUCUGAGGGAGUGAUGUCUGACAACAUCAGACCCCUCUCCCGCAAGAGGGUGGACUUGUUCUCAUCACUGAGGCUCAGGAAGAAGGAGACGUCGAACAACGACGGGAAGGACCAGGAAGUUCAAAAGGAAAUCGGCACCAUCCUCUCCAACCUCAGAAAUAAAGCCUCCAGUCAGGAGCAUCUGGAGGAGCUCUCCUCAAGUGAUGAUGAAAAUGAAACCCUGACAUGCAAUCGAGAGCAAUUUCCCGGCAAGCAGAGGAAGAAGCAGGAAAAGACCGCGGCCCAACAAGCAAAACGAGAAAUGCUGAAGAGGCUUCACAGAGCUCAGGUUAUCCAGAGGCAGCUUGAGGAAGUUGGAGAGAAACAGCGUGACGUAGAGGAGAGAGGGGUGGCGAUAGAGAAGAUCAUUAGAGGAGAAACAGACUCUCCCCAAUCUGAGGACCAUGACGAGGCCCAGCUGUAUCAGUCCUGGUUCAAGCUUGUUCUGGAAAAGAACAGACUGGCGCGCUACGAGUCCGAACUCGUGAUCUUUGCUCAGGAGCUUGAACUGGAGGACACCCAGAGCCGGCUCCAGCGAGAUCUGCGACAUCGAAUGGCAGUUGAGGAUACGCAGAAGAGUGCCUCUGAGCUGCAGGAGGAGCAGGAGAUCCUGGCGGAGAUGAUGAGGACAGUGGAGAGGCGGGACAUGCUGGUGUCCGUCCUGGAGGAGCAGAGGCUGAAGGAGAGGGCUGAGGACAGGGACUUGGAGAGUCUGGUGUCCAAGGGCUACGAGUUUCACUGGGCUCGCGGGAACGACAGCUGGGUGCAGGACAAGCUGGAGUGAGGGAUGCAAGCUGAGCUCCUCAUUGGUCAGGACAAUGAGGAGAUGGGGUGAAUUCGUACCAUGUAGUUUGCAUCUGGUGUAUUCUCAUCAAGCUGCAGCUCUUGAUGUGUAAUAUGGAUGGAUAAACCUGUUGAGGGGGUUCGUUCACCCCAGAGAGGGACCGAAAGGCUUCAUGUAGUCCAACUCUGCACUGGUGUUGAGUUUAGAGACCAGUUGGAGGAUCCACGUGGAGUUUAAGCCAACAGCUUCCCGUAAAGCAAUGAAGGCUAAAAUCACUGCCACGAAGGUUCAUAAGAAUUAUAUAUCAUGUCAUAGGCAGAUGUGCGAUAUAAUUGAUCACCUCUAAAUUAGAACAGCUGGCUUGUCAUUUUUUCCACUCAUAAACCAAACUGAUUUCCCAUCAAAUGCUUUAUGUGGUUGCUGGCUUUAAGACUGGAUAUUGUCUGUUACUACAAAGCUUCACUGGAGUGCACGUAACACGACUCAACUUAUGAGAUUUUAGCGUUUUGCACAGCGUGAAUUAUUUUAAAUUUGAGGAUUUCAUGAAUGUUUUGCAAGUGAAUCACUGUCCGUCACUGUGUGUGCAGUAAUUUCGCUUGCACAAUUUUAUACUGUUUAAUUAUGUGCUGGAACACUAUAGGAAGACUUGUUGUAUUUCCAUGCAGAUGCUGGCAUGUUUUACUCCUGCUGAAGCUCUAAGAAUGAAUCUCAGGGCAAAAACUGAUGCUGCACAGUGAAACUUUGAGUCCUGUCAGAUGUGUGGCCACGUCCCAACCUGCUCUGCAAUGACUGGACGUGUGCCUGAGGGCUUGCACGUUCAUUUUAUCCUCUCUUAGGUUCAGAAUUGCUUUAUCCUUUUGUUUAUCUGUUUGUCAAAUGUAGCUGUUUCAAUUGUUUUAAGAAACAGCAAAGUGCUUUGAGUAAAUAUAUAAGGUUUGUGUCCCUUGUACUACUGUGUUUACGUGCAUUUUAAUCCCAGGACGAGCCUCCCUGCCUCUCGUUUUCCUGUUUGUGAGCUUUGAAUGUUACUUGUUUAUGUUCAUUAAAAAAUGCAACACUGAAUUUAUAGUAAUAGUCAUGAAAACAUAGCUUUCUAAAAGAGACUCAGUUGUGUGCCCGUUUCUGUGCAUUAUCUCACUUUAAAUCUUUAAAAUGUAAAAGAAUCUUAAAUAAAAAUUAAUUCCAAUUUUU